AUGUCGAGAUCUGAGAAUUUAAAGGAAAACAAGAAACAACCGAAAGACCAAACUAAAUCAAAGACACAAGGUUCAUCUGUCAUGGGAAAUUUGAAAAAGCUACCCACGUCAGAAGCAGUUCCACUGAAAUUGGUUAAAUCUCCAAAGUUCAAGCGCAAAAAGAAGGCCAGCGAAACUCAACUGACAUCUGAAAUGAUUUCUGAAUCUACGGAUGUCACCGAUGUUGAAGAGGAUCCAACAGAGACCAUGGGAUUUUCACCAUUAUAUUUAAAAGUUGUUCCUCCAAAUCAUUACAUUUCGAUUUCUGUUCAAUUGAAACAAGUCAUGCUGUUUAAUAUUUUCAAAUAUAUCACUGUGAAUCAAAAUAUGGUCAUCACAAAAGUAGAUCGAUGUUUGAUGACUGAGUUCAUGCCAGGAGAUCAAAUCUCAGGAGUAAACGGAAAAAGUGUAUGGAGUUUAGAAGACAUGUGCGAAAGGGGUUCGGGAACGCAACACACAAGUGUGGUUACAGUAAUCCGUGUAUGGAAUAUGAGAUGUUGGACGGAUGAUCAGCUGAAAACAUUGGUGGAAAAGUAUACGGAACCAGAAGCGGGAAAACAAUAUUUUCUGGUGAGGAUGUAUUGCAAAAGUGGUGGGAGAGGAGGCAUGAAAUUGGGAUCGACUUGGAAAAAUGUUACAGUUAAGAAUGUCCGAGCCAAUACUGCGGUGAGCACAGCACUCCUCUCUGGUGACGAAGUUUAUGGGGUCAACAACAAAUUCCUUUACGGUAUCAACAAAAGAGCUAUGAUCAAAAUGGCGUAUGAGCUUGUCGAAAAAAGCACAGAUGGAUUUGCAGACAUAAUGGCAAGUCGGAGAAUCGGAGCACGUAGCUCACCAGCGCCAAGUCUGGAAGCCGACUUGGGAAAGAAGUACCCGGAUUGUGCUGUUGGUGUUCGCAGAGGGAAUAAGGUGGUGAGAAAAGACCCUGAGCAAUUAAUGUGUCUUCCAUUCCCAGCUGACGCAUUGGAGAUCGCUCUUAGAGAACUGACCUUUUUACAGGAAUGGGUCAAGCCAGAUUGGGAAAAUCUCCCAUGUGAUAAAGGAGAGUCUCUCCUGUGUGAACUUCCGAGAAAGUCUCUAAUGAUGCAUCCGAUCUCCCUGACUCCAUGCACCUCACCUCGACCAUCUGCCAAAACACCACGCGAUUCUCAAGCUCUGUCACCAUCAUCAGUAUUGCCUGUCACGGAAUAUAGUACUAGUCUUCCUGUCAAAACGCUUUUUCUAAGGCCUAAGAACUUCGAAAAAUCUAUUGAACAGCCACCACCACCUACUAGCUCCCAGAAGACCAAGAAAAUAGAGGAUAUGACGGAGACCGAUCAUCUGAUGUCCCGAGUAAAGAUUACGAAUGCACCCGAACAGUCGAACAUUACAUCGGAUAUUCCAGAGGAGGAGGAACUGAAAAAGUGUAACGAGAAGGCUGGAUUAAUGACCUACUUCAAGAACAAAUUUGGACCUGGAAAGACGUCGCUGCAGAAUAAUCAGGCGGAGCGGAAAUAA